UCAGCACAUCAUACAAAUAGAAGAUAGACAGAGAGAGAUCAGAGAGAGAAUCUGGUAAAUGAAGGUGGGGAUUUCAUAUUUAAGGUAUCUUUCGCACACAAAUCUACUUGUAAAUUACCCAAAUCCAACUUGGGCUCGUUAGAAUCUUAUGUUUGUUUUUUCGGAAUUGAGAAAGGUUUCGUUCUGAAUUCAAAUUGAGAAAGACUACGUUCAGAUUCAUAACAUUUUCAGUUUUGAAUUUCUCCUAACUUGAUGGAGAUAAAUGGAGAUGGGUAUGGAGAAAUAAGUGCAUUUGAUCCCGAAAUGAAGAUGGAUGUGAAUGGAGGAGAUGAAUUGGGUUUAAGUCCGAAUUUAUUUUUGGAUAAUGUAGGGGAAGUUAUUCUUACAAUCAAUUCAGAUGAGUUGUCUUGGAAAUCACCAGCAUCAACAGAUAAUAAUGAUCUGAAUUCAUCUUCUUGUUUGGGAAUAAAGCUUAAUACAAAAGCUGAAACUGAACUUAAAAUAUCAGAUAUAUAUGCUGUUGAGUUCAAGAACUGGGGUUUGAUUCAUCAAUCAGUUAUUUCAAGUGCAGGAGCAGCUCUUUUAGUGCGCGAGCAUGGUGUUGAGAUGUACCGCUUCGCAGUUCAUGGGUUUAAAAGGUCUAGUACCAAACGUUCUCUUUGGGUCCUAGCUACAUACACCUUUGGCAAUGCAGAUUUGCCGACAUGCCAAAAAUGGGUGGAUAAAAUUAAUUCUUUCAUAAAUAAGGAAGUCGGGAGGCCUAAGAGACUUUUGGUUUUUGUUCACCCGUUAAGCGGGAAAGGAAAUGGUUGCAUGACUUGGGGAACUGUGUCUCCUAUAUUUUCUCGUGCCAAAGUAAAAACGAAGGUAAUUGUGACAGAGAGGGCUGGUCAUGCUUUUGACGUGAUGACAUCUUUGUCAAGUAAGGAACUUAAUUCCUACGAUGGUGUUGUUGCUGUUGGUGGUGAUGGUUUCUUCAACGAAAUCCUAAAUGGUCUUCUGUCGUCAAGGCACAAGGCUCCUUACCCACCUUCACCAGCUGAGGUUAUUGAUUCUGCUAAGAGCAGUGGAAGUAUAUCCCAUCCAACUGAAACAACAUCUGAGAUUUCUCAAGAAUACAAAGAACAAGAUCCACUUCUUUCGAGUGAAGCGCCUACUAGAACAGGAUCUGGUUGUGACUCAUGCACCACAGGUGAAAGCGCGCCAUUUCCUCUUCCGAAUGAACGGUUUAGAUUUGGAAUUCCUUCCGGAUCAACUGAUGCAAUAGUGAUAUGUACAACUGGAGCUCGAGAUCCUAUAACAUCUGCUCUGCAAAUUAUUUUGGGUAAAAGUGUACGUCUUGAUAUAGCACAAGUUGUCAGAUGGAAAACAACAGCAUCCUCAACAGAUGCACCUUCUGUGCGUUACGCGGCUUCUUUUGCUGGGUAUGGUUUUUAUGGAGAUGUCAUAAGGGAGAGUGAAAAAUAUCGCUGGAUGGGUCCCAAACGCUAUGAUUAUGCUGGAACAAAGGAAAAGUCAUAUGAAGCAGAAAUAGCUUAUCUAGACGUCCAAACAGAAACGGCAGACACAACAUCUAAGAAAGAUCUCUUGGAUACUGGCAUUCAACAACUAUGGCGUUCAUGGAUUCCAUCAAAGAAAACGAAAAGAGAGAUUUGUCGUAUGAACUGCCAAAUCUGUAAUGAGUCCCCGGAAACCAAUCAUAUGCCUGCUCGCAAUCCAACUGCAACACAAGAAAUGAACCAUGGUCACUCUGGAUGGUUGAGGUGUAAGGGACGUUUUCUUAGUAUUGGCGGUGCAGUUAUUUCCUGUCGCAAUGAAAGAGCUCCUGAUGGUUUAGUGGCUAAUGCACACCUUGCCGAUGGGUUUUUGGAUCUCAUACUAAUUAAAGAUUGUCCCCAUGCUUUCUAUUUAUGGCACCUUACGCAACUAGCAAGGAAAGGUGGAAAACCCUUAAACUUUGAGUUUGUGGAACACUUCAAAACGCCUGCUUUCGUAUUUACUUCCAUUGGGGAAGAAAGCAUCUGGAAUUUGGAUGGGGAGCUAUUACAAGCACACCAACUUUCAGCUCAAAUAUUCAGAGGCCUUAUUACUAUAUUUGCAACAGGACCCGAUAUCUGAAGUUCUUCUUUUUUGACUUCGAUAGGGAUAGUUUCGAAGUGGAUACAGGUCAGCUAUUUCAAGCAGACCAACUUUCAGCCUAGUAAUUGAAAGGCCUCUCUUACUUCAGUAGCCCAUUUGCGUCAGUUACUGAAGGUUGAAAGGUCUCGACAGCUCUAUACUAAACUUUGUUCAUUGUAGCCUUUUUCGACUACCACUAACUUUGAACAUUAUGUAAAUAUUGUAACAUAAUUAAGGUUGUGUAAAAAUAGCAAUAUAUGGGGCAAACUAAAAACAUAACAUAGUUAAUCGUCAGAAACUACAUCAUUCAAGUCCGCAUCGAAACGCAGCAAGUUCAGACGGUGUUUCCUUCAAAGAACCAUCUUCUCUAUGAAACUUGAUAUUAUGUCAACAACAAAAAGACAGUUAGCAAUCAAAGAUGGCUGUUAUGAUGAGAGAGAAGCUCUGUGGAUGGGGCAACUGAGUUAACUUCCAAGUUCCGUGUCUCCUUCGUCUUCUUUCUCCAUUGAUCUCCCUGUUCUUUUAGCGUUUUGCUUGUGCUCUUUGCAGUGGUUUGAUUUGGUCUCGGUCUUUUAGAUAAAAAGAGUUUAAAUCACUGUUUUUUAUUUUCAUUGUUUUUCUCUCCUUGUUCAUUUCA